CCCUCGAUCCUGGCGCCCGAGAGCAACCGGAGGAGGAGGGCAUCAUCAGAAGAAUGCUAAGCGCAUACGCGAGCGGCCUUGGCCAGGCCUCCCGGGGCCAGCUGUGCACAGCCGAGCUCCGGUCCCCCCCAGCUCCGGAACUUCGCCUGCAGAGAUGUAGCCUGCUCCGCGGCAUCCCGCCCUGCAGCGGUGCCUCCCGGGUCCAUCCUUUCCCUUCCCAGCCUCUCUCCGCCCGCAGGAACCCCGCUGCCAGCAUUUCCCCUGAGGUGGUUGGGAGGUUGCCGGGCAUUGUGUUACCACGUCCCUAGGUUUCCAAUGUGUGUGGCAGUCUGCGUGACAGAUGGUGCUCCGGGAGCUUGCGAGGAGUCAAUUUUCUUUUGAAAGGAAUCUACACAUUCGUUCGGUCAUUUCUUUAUUAUUUCGGAGGAGAGUAAGGGGGACACGGAAAUCUGUCUCCGGCCUACUCUGCAAGAUGGGGUUUCCCCGCUCCCCAGCGCAGCCCCGAGCCAGGGGAACUUGGAGUCCUCAGCUGCUCCAGACCCUCGGGCAGGAGGCACCCUCUGCAUCUCUUUUAAAACCCUAAUGCAUCCGUCCUUCGGGCUCAUUCGGCUGUCUGGGAAGGGGAUGGAGCGAGGGAGGCUGAAUGGAGCAGCUGACGCUUGGCCAGAGGAGGCACAAGAUGCCAGCCGGCCCAGCAGGCCCUACCUACGGUGGUUCCCGAGGCUCAGGGCCAACGCCUGUCUCGGUCACCUGCAGGCUUUAGCGUCGGGGAUGGCAUCGGGACCCCGCUGAGACCCGGCCAGCUCCGCGGUGGGGAGGCGCAUUUGGGCAUCUCCUCUCCCAGCCCUGCCUUCCCACCCGUGUGGUCCGGCCUCCAAAAUGAUGCUGAGUCCGGACCAAGCCGCGGACUCGGAUCAUCCCAGCUCGGCGCACUCGGACCCGGAGUCUCUGGGCGGCGCAGACGCCAAGGUGCUGGGCAGCGUGUCGGACCUGGAGCCGGUGGAGGACGCAGAGGCCGACGGCAAGGGCGGCAGCAGGGCAGCUCUCUAUCCGCACCCGCAGCAGCUGAGCCGAGAGGAGAAGCGCCGCCGCCGUCGCGCCACGGCCAAAUACCGCUCGGCCCACGCCACCCGCGAGCGCAUCCGCGUGGAGGCCUUCAACCUGGCCUUCGCCGAGCUCCGCAAACUGCUGCCCACGCUGCCCCCCGACAAGAAGCUCUCGAAGAUCGAGAUCCUGCGCCUGGCCAUCUGUUACAUCUCCUAUCUCAACCACGUCCUGGACGUGUAA